AUGCCAGGCCCAUCCAAUACCCUGCUGAUCGAAGGGUCGUUCUCCGAACUCGCAGAAGAACUUGCACUAUACCUAGACGCACUCGCCAAAGCAGAUGAAGGCGCAGGAGUUCAAGCCGACACAGCACAGCUUUUGAGCAAUAUUCGAGAAGCAGAGCAGUCGCAGGAACCAGCAGACGGGGCUGCGAUCCAGAAACUGAAGGAUGAAGUGUUGAAGAAGAUUGUGACCAAGGCCGCAGUGCUCAAUUCAGCGCCUGAAAGAGAAUUCACGGCCGCAUACAACCUCCUCAUAAGUCUAUCAUCCCAAUCUCCCAUCCACGAACAGCUUUUCGCCCGGAUAUGCCAGUACCUGUCCGAGCAACCCAUCACCUCCUCCCCCACAUACGGCACUUCUCUAGCCCUUCAGACUCUAACGACGAUAUUUAACGUCCUCCCUCUCGCCACCGAAGCACGGUACCACGUAUUUCUCGCCAUUCUCAAGGUCAUCCGAGCCACUUCUUCCUCGCAGACCUUUGAGGCGUUAAUACCACAACUGGAAACGAAUAUCCCCGACUGGCUGUCUGCAUGGCAGCUGGACGACGAAGAUGCACGCAGCCUAUACAUUGCAGUCGCAGAUGUUGCGUCAGCAAUGGGCAAGGAAGACCUCACGUACACAUAUCUCCUGAAUGCGCUCGAGACCAUCCCACCGGAGUCCGCAGCUGAAGCGGAGUCGCAAGAGCUAGCGAAACGAACACUCCGGGUGGCGCUCACGAAUCCGACUGUGACAGAUUUCACACCCCUCUCUGCCAACGAUGCCGUCCAGGCCGUGCGCAGAUCAGACAACAACCUCUUCGACCUGCUCGAAAUCUUUUCGUCCGACGACUACUCAUCAUAUGUUGACUUCUUGGAGACAAACGAUCUCACAGCGCUAGGUAUCCCCGAGUCGAGCGCCGGAGUCCUCAGCAACAAGAUCCGACUUCUUACAUUGGCCUCGAUCGCCGCAUCUUCGCAAAGUAGGUCUGUACCAUACUCGACGAUCGCAAAGGCGCUGCAAAUCCCCAGCGAGGACGUGGAGAUGUGGGUGAUCGACACAAUCCGCGCCGGGCUCGUCGAGGGCAAACUCAGCCAGCUGAAGCAAGAGUUCCUAGUCCAACGCGCCACGUAUCGUGUGUUCGGGGAGAAACAAUGGGCCGAGAUCCAGGGCCGACUAAUGGUCUGGCGACGAAGUCUCGAGAACGUGCUGAACGUGGUCAAGGCGGAGCGGGAGCGGUUUGCGCGCGAAGGACCGGCCAACGCGGAGGCCGGCCCGGCCGUCAAUGGGUACGGCGAAUCUGGCGAAGGGAAUCAGAAAUCUCAGCACGGAGGUGAGAGGCAGAGAAGACAAGCCGGUGGGCGCGGACGAGGCGGCCAGCAUCGUGAACAGCGCGAGCAGCAGCAUGGACCACGAGAAGUCGAUGCUGUGGGUGGUGGAGAUUAG